UAUUGCCCUUUUCUGACAACUUUCAAUAUGACGCUAUUAAACUCUCCCGAACUGGGUCGGAUCUCCUUUAAACGUCCCUACGUUUUCAAACCACUGCAAUGCUAGCUAAAAUUGAAUUGCAAAAUGGUCACAUCGCACUUCGAAAGCAAACAACUUGCUGACAAGUGCCUAGUAUUUACAGUGGGUUAACAGUUCUUUUUAAUGGACUUCGACAUUUGUUUGACCGUUUGGGAUCUAGAUUAGAACUUGUUUCCAAAAAAAAAGGUGUAUACCUAUGUACACAGCUGAUAAAUGAAAUCCACCAAAUAGAAGGAAUAAUUCAAUGACAGGAAAACACUUUUUCGAAAGACGUCUCUAGGUUUGUUACUAUCCGAUUUCCAUUUCAUUGGACCAUUGUGUUGUGAAAAACGUCCUUUUGAAACUUAUUUAGAUGAAGUUAAGAAAAAAGUUAGUGAUUUAUGGAUGAAAUAGUAUUUUAUAAUUUGUUUAUCCCACAACUGCUAAAAAAAAAAUAGAAGAAAAACAUGUCGAAUUGUUUCAUUAAGUGCUGUCGCACCGUUCAACAUGUACCAGUACGAAUUAUCUGUUUGAUGAUAUACAUCCUUCAUACAAGUUGUGUGGACUAUUAUCUCGUGGAACACAAAGACAUUAGCUGGUUAGGUUUCUUGGUGGCAGACGUCAUCAUUUUUAUCCUGUUUAUUGCGUCAUCGGUCGUUUCGUACCGACAUCUCGUGAAUCCCAAGAAUGAUUUUACAUCGGGAAAAGGUGUAAGUUGGUUCGGCAUUGGCUCAUGGUUUCUGUAUUCAGCCAUAGUGGCAACGAAGUCUGGAAUCAUUUUCAAUGACUUUGCAGACGACCUAGAUGAAAACGACUUUUUCGGCCCGAACACUCUAAAAACUUCGCUAGCCCUCGCCGGAGUAGUGUACCUUCUUCACCUUUCCUCACUCCACGACGCUAAACCGGGUUCAGAGAGAAGAGCGUACAUCGAGGAAUUAACAGGGACCGUCAUUUUCGACAUCAUGGACUGUGUGGAUAGUAUGGAACCAAUGUUUAUCAAAGAAGACCGCGACGCCUUUCCACCAGGUCUUGUAGAAGCAAUAGUAGCCAUAGCCUGUCUUAAUUUCGUAAUUCCAACCAUUCCUCUUUUAACGCUCGUUCACACUAAAUUUGGCCACGCCAAACUUCCACGUCGUCUGGUGAUGCUACACAAAAUUCUGCUCGCUUACAUCAUUAACCUUCCUCUCCUUAUCAUGAGGAUGAUUCUGUGGCAUGGUGUAAAUCAUGGCGUCUCCAUAUUUUCCUUGAAGAACGUCAUUGUGAUAUCUAUGAUAUCCUACGAUUUCUAUGAACAUCAUGAGGCAAAUGUGGAGACAUCGAAAGUGGGAAAUAAAGAAAAUAAAGAAGAACCAGAAGAUGGGGAGUUAAAGGGCGACACAUAUAAUAUGGAAAAUCGUUUUAACUACGACUGAAUGUUUCGUUACUAUAUUCCAAAAACCUCUAGCCUUUUUUCAGAUUAAAAUUGUUAUGCAGUCAAAUUUCUACAAACCGGCAGACUGCUAGACCUUUUUGUUUCAGAUUCAAUUUGUUAUACAUGUACCUGUAUCUAUAUUAGAAUUGUGAUACGAAAAGUCGGGCAAUCGGUUUUUGGAACGCAUUUCGCUAUUCGCAAUUCAAAAUGCGUUCUAAAACGCAGUUCGCAACCUAAAAAUUAUUAUUCAAAUUUUAUGUCUGAAAUUUUUAGGGUCAUCUACCUGUGGUAAACAUCUACCACCGUGAAAAUAUGGUGAUGUGGUCAUCUCUAGUAUUUGAGAUAUGGGGCCCUAAAAAUGCACUAUUCAUUACAAAGUGAUUUUAAACAUCGGGCUAAGAAACAUCGAGGACCCAUGCCCUGGGCGCGGAAAUUUUCAGAGUCAUCUACUAGUGGUACUGUACACCACUACCAUUGUGAAAAUAUUGUGAAGUGGUCAUCUCUUGUUUUUGAGAUUCGGGCCACACUCAAAGAAGACUAUUCUUAUGCAUUAAAAUGGGAUUUUAAACAUCGAGUAUGGAAACAUCGAGGACCCCUCCCCUGGGCGCUGAAAUUUUCAGGGUCAUCUACUAGUGAUAUACCACUACCAUUAUGAAAAUGUGGUAUAUGGUCUUAUUUUUUUUUUUGUCUCGGACCCCACUCAUGAAUUUUAAAACUAUUCGCAUUUCAAAGAUUCUAGAACGCAGUUCGUAAUUCAAAAUUUAUAAUUCAUAUUUGGGGCCUGAAAUUUCAGGGUUAUUUACUAGUGGCAUACCACUACCACCGUUAAAAUAAAAUGGUGUGGUCAUCUGUAGUUGUUUUUUUUAUUCGGGCCCCCACUUAUAGAACAGUUUUCAUUAUAAUGGGGUUUUAAACAUAUAGCUCGGAAACAUCGAGGGCCCUGGGCGCUGAAAUUUUAGGGCCAUCUACUAGUGGUACACCACAGUGGUAGUGGUAUACCACUAGUAGAUGACAUUGGAAACUUCAGCGCCAGAGUUAAAGCCCUUGAUGUUUUCGAGCCCGGUGUUUAAUACCCCAUUAAUACAAAAAGUGUUCUCUAAGUGGGGACCCGAAUCUCAAUCAAAGUACUGAAGAACUGACGGGAGUUGAUUUUGUCGAUGUUUAUUUAUUUUAAAAUCAAUGAUAUGUUAUUUUGCAUGACAAGUACAUGUAGUUUCUAAUUUGAAUUACUUUUUUUUUUUACUCUUACAUUUUUAUAAUAUGAAUUUUUCGACAAGAAUGUCGAGAAACCCCCAUAUGAAUCAGGUUAAAUAAUAUUUAAAGAUAAAAUUAAUUCAAUCAAACUAUGUAUCAGUGAAAGAAAUAUUUUUCGAAAAUUGUAUGGAUCCAAGCAAUAUUGAACUCUAGUCUCGUUCAACCAAACGCUCGGCUGACACCGUAAAUCUCCCACAAGGAUUUACGGAGACUGCCGAGCGUCGAGUUGAACGAGACUAUAUUGAACUCUGGCGUAGGAAUACAUACGACUACAAAAAAUAUCUAAAUUGUUCAUACCAUCUAAAAUCUGACUAUUUUCAAGGUAUUUAUAAAUAGGUUUACUUGAAAAACAAUGCUUUAGCAUACAUUACAUCGAAUUCAUCAAUCAUUUUCAAGAACUAAGUCUUGUCAGCAGCAAUGAUUUGUGCUGAGGUCCAAACACUGUUUCACUUUCGGUUUGUCUGAGUGACUGCAUAGGAGAGUUGAUUAAAAUCAACUUCCAAAAACUAGAAAUGACCAUGUUUUCACAGUGGUAGUGGUAUACCACUAGUAGAUGACCCUGAAAAUUUUAGCCCCUAGGGAAAGGGCCCUCGAUGUUUUCUAGCCCGAUUUUUAAAACCCCAUAAUAAUUAAUAGUGGUCUAUAAAUGGGGGCUCGAAUCUCAAAAACUAGAGAUGACCGCUUCACCAUAUUUUUACAGUGGUAGUGGUAUACCACUAGUAGAUGAUUCAGAAUUAAUAUUUGUUGCCUGAAAAAUUCAGGCAACAAAUAUGAAUUUUGAAUGAUUAUUGCGAACUCAGUUCACCUUUGAAUUGCAAUUAGCGAUUCGGAACUGCGUUCAAAAAACCGAUUGCCUACUCACACUUAUUGGAAGGACAAUAUAUCAUACCGAAAUCUUUUAAGUCUAUUUUUGAUUUUUUGGAUCAAAAUAGAUAUGAACCAUCGACUUUCGUUAAUUAAUACCUGUUAAACAAUUGGCAAAAUAAGACGUGGUCUAUUGAUCGUCCAAAAAGCACGGCUCUUAUGAUCAUUUCUACCGACAACCAUCUACAUUGAGAUUGCUGAUAGAAGCUCUAAAGUGGUGAUAUUUCAAAGACUUUAAACGAUAAUUUGUGCAGUAAUUAAUUAAAUACUACAUCUAACUUUCAGCGGCUACUGCCUAUGGAAUAACUGUA